AUGAAAUCCAUCCGGAAGGCUGCUGAGGGAGGGGCUCCUCCUCCUCCACCUCCACCCCUUCCCCCUGUUGGGAACAAAGCCGCCAUUCAACCUCCGGCCCCCAAGCCACCGGCGGUGCUGACGCCAAAGGAUCCUGCUCGCGCUCUCCUCGUAUACCUACUGAUAUUCAAUGGCGCACCUUUCAAAGAUCACUGGGCAUACUGGAUGCCCUCGCCCACGAACCCAAACAUAGGUGUUCUAAUCCACGCGACGGGUGAUGUGAAAGAUGGGUUCAAAUUCGAGGUCAAACGAAGCUAUGACUUCACGACAACUGCUAAUCGUCCCACUGCCAAAGUGCCGCUGCAGUGGGUCGAGGCUAGCGACGCCGACCAGGAGGCAAUGUUCAACCAUGGGAAAAACAAAGUCGACGGCACACCCAUCGGCCGCUUUGAGACUGCUCUCUACAGUGUCAAGGUCCCGGGAAAGUCUUUGAAUGCCUCAGAUGACAGAGCUAAGUCUGGCACGAAGGUCAUACAAAGAAACUGCCAGACAUGGAUUGUUGAGUCUGCCGACGAGCUUGUUGCGCGCUCCUUCUUCGAAAAGGAGGUUGCUGCCUACCUUCAUGCCAUUGAGCAGUGA